AGGUGAGAGGCUAUUAGAUGAAGGGACGUCACCUAUGCACUCAGUGUCUGCUUGCCCUCGUGGAUCAAGUGACUGACGCAGUGUUGCAUUGGGCCAGUGGUUGUACCUGUGGGAGUAUUAAUCAUAAUAAAACACACGACGUUCAGUCUGUUCAGCAUUGCGUAGGAAACUUGUGCACGCGUGUGAACAAUGAGGACAGGAAUGAAACCCCUCACAUUUUUCGAUCCUUCCUUGUUGUCCCCGAGUACAGUAUACCUAGUUAACCGAACUCGCUGACUGGCUGCCCAUAACCCGUGUCUCCUGUGUACACAAACAUACAAACAACGACAACAACGAACAGUGCGAGCAUGCUUGUCGAUAACAGAGAUAAAACAAGUAUUUGCAUUGUGUGCUGGCAGUGUGGCCGUGAGAGUGACUACAAAGCCAUUCCAAUAGACUGUGCCAUACGCUACACCUUGCACUAGUGUGAUGACGUCCACACUCUUCGAUCUUGUUCCGACUGCAGAAUGAAGGCUGAUCUGCCGGGAAGAUCAUCUGACCAGUAGCUUCCUGCUGAGCAGCCUCAUUCCUUCAUCUCCCCUGUCCAGGCAGACCUGACGCUCCACACCAGCGCAGCCUAUGUCCGUGGCGCUGGUGCCUAUGCAAGUAGUGUGAUAACAGAUCCAGAGCAUCAUUAACAAUCGGCGGAAAGACCAUGAUAGAGUGACCAUAAGGAUCGAGGAGCAGAGGCAACAAGAAAGUGAAGUGUCAGCAUAAGGUGAGCUGCAGCAGCAGCAACAGAGAGACGAAAUGGAGGACACGCAGGCUGUACUGAAGGAGGAGGGUCAGACCGAGACUGUCACAUACACGGCGUACAAGAGGCGCUGGGCAAUGAUGGUGACAGUCAUGCUGCUCAAUAUCUCCAACACAGGGAUGGGAUUUAACGUGGCCCCCGUGGCGUACAAAGCCGCUGACUACUUCGAGGUGACGCAGUACGACAUCACCUGGUUCUCGCAGGUGUACCUCAUCUUGCCGGUCGCGCUCUCCUUCGUCUCCACUUACAUAUUCAACAAGUUCGACAUGAAAGCGGGAGUCCACAUUGGCUCUGCCCUUAACUGUGUUGGAGCUUUGACGCGCGCCGUGGCCACCUCGGGUCUUAUAGCAGACCUCUGGACUCAGUACGUUGUCAGCCUCAUCGGACAGGCUGCUGGAUCGACGGGGCAGCUCUUCAUCGUCUUUAUUGUCACGAAGGUCACACAGAAUUGGUUCCCUGACGGCGAACGCAUGGUAGCAACAGCCAUCAUGGCAUUCUUUCCUCCCUUGGGAAUCUCGGUGGCCCAGGUGGUGGCGCCGAUUGUGGUGACGAAGAAGCAGCAGAUUCCGACCCUCAACUAUAUAUACGGCGGGCUGGCCCUCCUUGCCGAGAUUGCCACUCUGAUCUGUGUCACCAGGUCGAGGCCACCAACACCACCGAGUCGCAGCGCCGAACAGGGAACCACGGCCAGAGCUCCUUACCUGCAGCAGCUCAAGCAGACUUUUACUUCUCCUCCCUUCCUUGGCCUCCUCAUAAUGACCGGAGUAUUGACGGGUUUCUACCUCUGCCUCACUACACUCUCGCAGCAAAUGCUGUGUUCCAAGGGAUACAGUGAUCUCUUCAGCGGGGUGGUGGUGGCCAUCUUCAGUAUAGCAGGCUUCGUGGGUUCGAUUGCCAUAGCAGUGGUGGAAAAUCGUACUAGUGCUUUGGCGGACAUUACCAAGUUUGCCAAUGCUUUUGGAGUGAUUUUUGGCAUAAUGUUGAUGGAGGUUUACUUAGUGCCCGGCCAGCACGCCCUCCUGAUCAUCUCCAGUAUCUUGUUCGGGUUCUUCGGCUGUGGAGUGUACCCAAUUAGUCUGGAGAUAGGGGUGGAGAUCACUUACCCUGUGGAGGAGACCAUCAGCACUACAUUGAUCUUUGUGACUGGUCAGAUUCUGGGUGUACUCAUGAACUACACGGCGAACGUUCUCUCCAGCGAUCUGCCGCCAGAGUUACAAGACAUAGAGGUGUGUACCAAGAACAUUACCUCCGACCUGCAGGCCAGAGACUACUCGGGUGUGGUCAUGGGGCUUAUGGGCGUCCUCACCUUCAUCGUCAUCCUCUUCACUGUCUUCUUCCGGACGCCCUACAAGCGGCGAGAGGUGGAGCAGACCACCGACAUGAGCGACACCGCCGAGCCCACCACCUCCACCUGUGGCCGAUGACUCAGCUGCUGUGGCUGCGGGAGCCCCACAGACCAUGUUAGUCCGCCACGCCCCGCCAGGACUCCACUGGUCCUCACUUUUCGUCCACUUGCUGGUCUGCGAGAAAUACAAACUAAAGAUGAGCGAAAGAGUGAAUAAUACAGAUGAUGGUGAUGAUGGUGAUGAUAACGAUAAUGAUAAUCAUAAACAGACAGGUGAAAACAUUUGUCACGUUAUAUAUUUGUGUUUUGUUAUUGUGUUGUCAUCCGUGACAUUAUCAGAAAAAUGAGUAUCAAUGAAAAUAAACUCGCGAAAAUAGUAAUGGUCAAUAAAUAAAGAAAAAUAAAAUAAAAGAAAAUAGAUAAAUAAAUAGAAAAAUGAUGAUGCAAAUAAUAAAACAAAUCAAUAAGUCAAGAUGCUAGCUUUUCAUUCAAACCGUUUCACGAUUUUUUCUGCAACGCAACUCAACUGGCGAAAAACAACAUGUACAGUAUUUCAUCGCGCUAUCCAGAAGAAACAGUGAGGAAGCGUAUAAGAAUAGAAAAUAAUUAAAAUAUAAUUCAAACUGUUCAAAAAUGAUCAUAAAAACAAAUGGAUAAUAGUAAUAACAAGAUAAACAGGAAAUAAUGCCGGAAUCUGUAACCACUGUCAGAAAUGUUUCCUUUUUUCCCCUUUUUCUUCAUCUCCUUCAGCAAUUAGGGUUUUCUAAAUCAAAUUGCAUUCUCUGGUAAACAGAAUGAUCAGGUACAUCGUCUUCUGUAAUAGUUUCUGCCUCGUCUGAUACUAAAGAUA